ACUCGUUGAUGAAUGAUAAUGAAAAAGAAAGAAAAGGAAAGCAUAUAAUAAAAAAAAUACAUAGAAAACAAAUAACAAAACUAACAAAACAUCCAUAACUUCCCGAGAUCCCAUAUAAGCUAUACAAAAUAUGUCCAUGCCUCCUUCCCAGCUGUAGUUCUGUCUUAGGUUAUUAACGUUAGUACAUGGAAUGGAGGAAAAAUGAUCUGUAAGUGAAUAAGAACGCCAUAAUUGACCCCAGUGACCCCGUGUUGUUGUGCGCCGUUGCUACGGGGGAAACAAUGGCAUCCCUCUCCUCUGCCUCCUGUCACUCGCUCCUAAUACCAGACAGUCCCCUAAAACACUGAAGAAAAAGAAGGAGAAGAACCAGCCUCCUGAAACACUGAGGAAGAAGACAUAAGGCAAUACGUAUAUAUGAGGGGAGCAACGCCUCUCAUGGGUCGAAGGGGCAGCUAUGAUGACUCCGCUCUGUGCUGUUGUGAGUACAUCAAUGAGGACAAGGAGCGCUCACACCUGCUGGCCACCCUCUGCAACUGUGAGGCCAUUGAUGAGGCAUUUGAGAGGUGAUUCACUUGGUCCACCUAAUUGUAUCCGGGUGAAAGUAUGCUGAAAAUUACAUACGACUUUUCACAAGACAGUCCAUUGAGAAACAAAAUCUUGCUAGGAUAAUGGACACAAUCAGCGACCGCUUGAGGAUACCUUGGCCUGGAGGGGCAAAGAAGGUGCCACUGGAUGUUGCGGCCGCUCUGUGCUGUGUGUCCUUCACUAUCUUUCUGGGGAGCUUCUCAUGGACCCUUACCAUCGUGAAUUACAGCGUUAUCCUGCCGUCCAUCCUGCUUGUCACUCAUCACUCCAUCAAGAGGAAGGUUGUGGACAGCUCUCAGAUAUACAAAACAGACAAAUCAUCGCCAAAAAAGAAUCCAAGAUCACGGUUCUAUUUUUCUUGGCUCGUUGUGUCCAUCAUGUCUCUUCUCUUUAUAUACUACACUCAGGUCAUCGCUGAGCUUAAAAUCAGCUCACUGGAGAACCUUGUCUUCUUGGUGCUGGUCUGUGUCUCCUGCACCUGCAUGUACCUUGUCCGAGCCACCACCUGUGCCGGCUUUGAGUCCAGGAGCAAGGCAGGUGGUGAGGAGUGUGAGAUAUUUGAGUCAGGGGAGUGGAGGAUUUGUGGACGGUGCCAGCAACAGGUGCCACGUCAGGCCUCCCACUGCCACACCUGCGACACAUGCUACCUCCUGCGGGACCACCAUUGUGUGUGGCUGGACACGUGCAUCAGCUGUGUGAACGACCGCUGGUUUGUGGUCGGGCUCACCUUUGGCUUGAUGGCCUUGUGUUACGGCGCCCAGCUGAGCCUCACCACCGUGUGCCACCCGCAGCUCCUUGAUGUCUACUUCACCACCGUCCUUGUUCCUCACACCUGCAUGGAUGCCUUCAUGGACUCUAGAUAUAGUUUGUCAACAUCCGCGGCCUGCUACAGCAUCUUCCUGUCUGUGUUUGUGAGUGUGGCGUUGCUGCAGCAGGUGGUGUGUGUGCUGUGGGGAGUCAAGCUGAGGGAGUUCAGGUACAGACACUCAAAGGCCAUGGCAGGCGGUUGGUCCUUCAAGCAACCUUUUGAAAACUGCGUACACUUUUGGUGGAGAAGUUAAGGUUAAGAUCGUGUGCUAUACUUAAAGCAUCUUUCUGAACUUGCCACGGUUUUCUAGGUUUUAUACAUUUCGUGUUUUCGCUAAAUUUUUUAAUUGUACGUGAUUAAUUAAUUGUGUUCAUGUGCUGUGUUAUCUAUUUUUUUGUGCCGUCCUGGAGCGAAAAUGUGUGUGAAUUGUGCCCGGAAUACUUUACUAAACUUGUCAAUGUAUUAUAGUAUUUACAUUUUUCUCACAGUGGUUUGUAAGAUGCUCUCAUUAUUCACAGUUAAUUUAGCGAAUGUUUUUUCCAUUUGGUGCGUUAUUUAUUUUUACACACAGCAUUUAAGUGAAGAUCUGUGAAUUAUGGUUAUGAGUGCGAUGACGCUGAUCAUGAAGUAAAAGUACACCACCCGGCUAGUUGUAUUGGAAAGGUAAUCUCCAUAAAAUAUUAGUAUCACUCAGGAAGAUUUAGGUCAGGCACAUUGUUCUCAUAGUAUUAUGGGUAAUCUCAUAAAAAUGCAUGGACACUUCUAUCGGUAAUGUGAGUCACUUUAUUAAUGUACUUGAAAUUAUGAGUGUUGGAAUGGGACGGAACACUCGUUAUGUUAUCUGGUUGAUUUGUAUGGCCAUAUUUAUCCUGGAGUUUGAUAGGAAUGUAAAUGGGGAAACAAUUGUUGCGAGUGAAAUUAUAUGUGCUUUUAUGCUCUUUUAAAAGGCACGUGAUAAAAACAUAUUUGUACUGUUUCCAUCCACACAUAUCACCGUCAUUACUAUCAACACCAUUAUUAUCAUUAUAGGGUUUCUCACAAUGGUUAAGUUGGAAUGUUCAGUGAGGGGAAGCCUUCAGGGUGAAAUAAUUACUUCAGGAACAUCAUGUGACAGAAGGUUGAGAAUGACAAUCUGAUUUUAAGAUUUGUCAUAGUUUGAUUGUUAGAUAGAUAUUAUACUGUCAUCGGUCUAGCUUCUGUGUUGAACCAAGGCCUCUUCCACUCAGGUGUACUGUUACUAAUUAUUGUGAGCUUUGUGUAUCCUGAGUCUUCUAGGGGGCUGGGUAGAGGAGCAAAAGUUCAAACUUAUUUUGACAAUCAGGUUUAUAUGGUGUAGCUGCAUCACUGUUUAGUACAAGUUCCUCUGUCUUAAGUCACUUAGUGAAUGAUGGGUUGUUCUGUGAAUAUAAAACUGUCCAGUGAAAAAAGACCGAUGUGUUCGCUGAUAAGAUCUGUUCGAAGCUAUGGCAUCAUGAUAUAUAUAUUUAGAAUCAUUUAGAAUUAGAACAAAAUAUAUAAAGUUUCAUAUGGAGUCUAUGGCAACUGUGUAAAACUGCUUUCAUGUUUCUCACAAAAGUUGUCCAAGCUCUCUUAGAAAUUUAGAAACAAUAUGAUGUGGAGGAUGUAUCACGUAAUAUGAUAUUUUUUAUAUUUUCAUGUGCCUUAAUAUACAGCACAUUUCAUACACAGUUUUAUCUCCACGCUGCUACUUAACCUGGUAGCAGCGACGGGCCAAAUUUGUGGCUUUACCAUGUAGCAGCGACGGGCCAAAUUUGUGCCAUGAUAUAAACCCCCCAAAAUAGAUGAUACAUAAUCUGAUCACAAAUGCUUUGAUAUAUAUUAUGAAAUGGUUUGUGUGAGGGGUGAUUUUUUCUCAUUUUUCUCGCUUAGAAGGACCAUUAAGAAAUAUGAUCCCCGCUGCUACCGGGUUAAGUCUUAUGAUUUAGAUAAACCUUUAACCACUAGACUUGUGAUUGUGAUGUUUGUCUGCACUGUGUAUGGUGGAAGGAGUGUCUUAACAUUUGCUGGACUGAUUUUCCAUAAGAUGUUUAACCUAGAUUGUACUUUUUUCACUAUCAACAUCACUUACCUUGCUGCUCUGUUAUGAGUUGCAUCAGCUUAUGUUCUGCCUUACAAAAUAGCAGAGUUUUUAUGUGGUCAGCACAGUGUGAUCUGCGGUGUACCUGAAAGAAAAAAAAAAGGUGUCAUUAUAGUAGAUCUAUGUUAGGAAACAACAGCAAAAUAAAUGUGAUAAAAUAGUAUAUAAAGAGACAUCUAUAUAUUUGAGUAUUGCCAGUCAGGCCUUGUUGUGGCCAUUGAGACACCAAAGAACAGGGGACAGGAACAACAGAAGGGCAAGGGGACGGGAACAACAGAAGGGCCAGGGGACGGGAACAACAGAAGGGCAAGGGGACGGGAACAACAGAAGGGCAAGGGGGCAGGAACAACAGAAGGGCAAGGGGACGGGAACAACAGAAGGGCAAGGGGACGGGAACAACAGAAGGGCAAGGGGACGGGAACAACAGAAGGGCAAGGGGGCAGGAACAACAGAAGGACAAGGGGCAGUGUACGGUGAGCUCUUAGCAUCAGAGCCACUGAUAGGUGAGUUUGGCCCCGGGUUGUUAGUCUCAGAUGCCUCCACCUCUCAUGUCAACUAUUUCCAAAGGCUGUAAAGGAGAUUAUUGGGAUUGCAUGAGUGCUUCUUCACGUUACAGAAGAAGGGUCAAACUACCACCAGGGUCAUUAAACUACCCAUGAAAAUGCCCAAUACCCCCUUCAAAAACCUUGUCAAAUAUGAGUGUGUGAGCAGCGAAGUGUUUGAGAAUAUGGUCCAUGGUCUCUCUGGACACCAUAUUGUCCCUAUUCCACUCAGACUCACUUCCUUCUGCCCGGUGCUUCUGCCCCAACACAAGUUAACACAAAGAUAAAAAUGAUAGUGUUUGAAAUUCCAUUAGCUUGUACUGAGGCAGGAGCGCUGGGUAGGAAGUAGUGAGCAUGAACGCCACAGAUGGAAGAUAGCAAGUGGCCUAACUCUCUCUAUCUACAGCUUUGCCUCACACUGGCCGCCCGCCUGUACUGGUUGUGGAGGGUAAAAUAACCGGUGGUGAGAUGUGAUAAUUUACACCCAAAGAUUCUAUAACUGAAAAUAUAUCUUUUCACUGAUUCCUUU